AUCAAACAAAUAAAGGGAACUCAUAGUAAGUAGACAAAGUGUUGAUCUCAUUAAGAAAAAUAUAGCAAAAUGUGCUCAAUGCUCAACAAACACUGACUUUGUGUUGCAUUAUACAAUCCCAAAAAUGCCAAAAAGAAAAAGAAAACAAGAAAAGGAAUAGAGAGGGGGGGGAGGUGAGAUACAUCUCGACCUCGACCCCGAAGACCUCCAACCCUCAAUCCCCUUGAAAAAAGUCCCCGCCGGCGACGUCUUCGAGGCCGCGCGCGCCGGCGACGUCGAACGCCUCCGCCACCUCCUCGACAACGGCCUCGUCGUCAACGUCAACGCUAGGGACCGAUGGGACUCCGUCGCCUUAUACUACGCUUGCCUCGCUGGACACGUGGAGGCCGCUCGGAUGCUUUUAGAAGCCGGGGCGAUUUGCUCGGAGAGGACUUUUGAUGGCGAUCGGUGCCAUUACGCGGCGCUGAAUCUUAGGGUUAGGAGGCUGUUGAAGGCGUUCGAGGAGCCGCCGCCGUUGGGGCCGUUGGCGGAGACGCUUAGGGAUACGUUUUUGGGGUGUGCGGCGAAUCGAGCGGCGUUUUUUGAGCAGCAGGGUGAGGAGAACGCGGGAGCUGCGGCUGUAGCAAAAAAAGGUUUUGCUUCACUGAAUGGAUCUGGUUCUAGCUCCUUCCCUCCAGAUAUCAUAUUCUAUGUGGAUGGAAGGCCGAUUGAAGCUCACCGUGUCAUUCUAAGUGCACGUUCUCCCUUCUUUAAAAAGAAAUUUGAAGGGGAAUGGAAGGAAAGGAAGGAAGUGAGAUUCUCGAGGCAAAAAUUAUCUUAUCCUGCACUCUAUAGUCUUAUUCACUUCUUCUACUCUGAUAGACUCGAAGUUGCAGUUGAUGACAUGGAAGAUCUUGUACGCACAUGCAAAGCUUGCAAAUGUGAGGAAUUGCAGAAGAUCCUGGAGAAGGAAUUAGUUCACCAAACUUAUGCUGAGUAUAAAUCAUUGAGGGAGGUUGAUAAUUCUCAGAAAAGGUUUAUAUUACAGGGCUCAUCUCUACCAGAGCAGGAUAGGCUUCCUUCUGCCUUGCACAGGAUUCUAGAAACUUCCCUUGCAAACUCCAGCAAGGAGAACGGCAGUCCAUCUGAUAAUGAUCUUGCCGACGUUUGCAUAAAAGUUGGUAACAGGAAAUUUUAUUGCCACCAAGUGAUCCUAGCAUCACGUUCGGAGUAUUUCAAAGCUAGAUUGUCUCGGAUGACUGAUUUUCUUGAAGGAAAUGAUGAGCUUCAAAGCCAAUCCCUUCCCUUUUUUGAGGAGCAUGACUUGAGUACAGAGGCAUUUGAAAAGAUGAUAGAAUACAUGUAUACUGAUGGCUUGAAGGAUUUAGAUCCUGAUCAGGCUGAGGAAAUUUUUGAUGCUUCUUCAAGAUACUUGUUAUUUCCUUUGAAGAGAGCUGUUGCAGAUGUUCUGCUACCGUUGAUGCUAUCAGACAUGUAUGGUGUCAUAAAGAUUAGAGAAUAUUGUUUAGAUGUCAUUGCUUGCAACUUUGAGACAUUUGCUGAUACCCGAGAAUUCCGGGCAAUGCUCUUGACUCUCCCUCCACCCUCUGGAGACUCCUCCCUGAGAACCACCAGGCCGAGUGCUCCAGGGUCUGAAGGCCAAUCCGAUCAAGGUAAUCUUCUCGACGACUUGAGAGAGAAAUGGCUCGAAGCAGAGGCGGCUGAGCUUGACAAGAGGGAUGAGAGUGCUGCUCUGUUUGAUAAGAGGCUAGAGAUGCUGAUGCUCGUUGCUGAAAGAGAAAUUGGUGAUGAUAGUGAUAAGAGGGUAAACAGUGAAGAUUCCACUAUUAAUAUUGAAUGGAACCACUGCUUGUUGUAUGAAUACAGCUGGAGCUGCUUUUUGAGGUGGCAGUUCAGACGACAGCAGGAGCAGGACCAGCACUAAGAUUAAUACAUAGUUUCUUGAGCAUAUUAACCAUAUUCUGUUGAUGCUUCUGAUUAUAUCAGUAAUAAGGAAAGGAGGUUAAGCAGA